CCCAUGAUUCCUUGCGCGAAGAAUAGCUCCUGUUUGUUCAUAGUAAGCUCCAUAAGCCACCGGAUGUGAAAAUAGCACUUUUUAAUCACAGCGUCCUCAAGUCGAGAGUAUUUAAUGGAUUGUACUGUUCGUAGAUAAAGAGCAGCGUUGUUGGAGGCUGUUGAAUCGUCUCUACACCGAACUAUAGGUUGCCUUCAGGAUGUCCUACUCUCCUCCGAUGACCCGGCCGCAGAUCGGGAUCCCCCUGCCCCCCGGGAUCCCCCCUCCACAGUACGCAGGCUUUGCACCUCCAGUCCCGCCAGGGACUCCCAUGCUCCAGGUUCACAUGGGUAUGGUGUCGCCGGCACCCACGGUUCUGAUCCCGACCACAGUUGCCCUGGUGCAGAAUCCUGUAAGUAUAAAGAGAGAACCCAGUCUCAGAAGCAGGGAUCCAGAGGGCAGCGGGCCCACCACCACUGUGUUUGUGGGGAACAUCUCUGAAAAGGCGUCAGACAUGUUGGUCAGACAGCUUUUAGCGAAAUGUGGUAUUGUUCUGAGCUGGAAAAGGGUUCAAGGUGCCUCUGGGAAACUUCAAGCUUUUGGGUUCUGUGAAUAUAAGGAGCCUGAGUCGACACUGCGAGCUCUCAGACUUCUACACGAGCUGCUCUUAGGUGACAAGAAGUUGUUGGUGAAGGUGGACGCCAAGACCAAGGCCCAGCUGGACGAGUGGAAGGCCAAGAAGAGGAGUGCCAACGGGGGAACCAUAGACGUGUCAAAAAAUGAAGGAGGCGGCGAAGAGGAGGUUCUCGAUGACGAAACCCUGCGUCGGGACCAGGUCGUGAACGGGGCGAUAGAUGUUCUUAUUCGAGAGUACGCAAAUGAGCUAAAUGCUCCUUCCCAGGAUGAUGACGGUCAGUCUCGUAACAAGAAGAGAAAAGAUAAGAAAGACGAGGAUAUCAAUGCCAUGGAGCUGGAAGAUGACAAGCGAGACCUGAUUUCCAGAGAGAUCAAUAAAUUCAGGGACACACACAAGAAACUGGAAGAGGAGAAAGGAAAGAAAGAAAAGGAACGACUGGAGCUGGAGAAGGAGAGGAGGGAGAGGGACAAGGAGCGAGAGCGAGAGAGGGAGCGCCGCGACCGCGAGAAGGAGAAGGAGAGGGAGAGGGAACGGGAGAAAGAAAAGGAGCGGGAAAAAGACAGAGAUCGAGAACGUGAGAGGACCAAGGAGCGGGAGAGGAGUCGAGACAUCAGUGAAGCUCGCAGCAAGUCCAGAGAGAGGACCAGAGAGGAUAAGAAACAAGACCGUGAAGAAGAUGAGGAGGAUGUGUAUGAACGGCGGAGACUGGAGAGGAGGUUGAGGGACAAAGAGGCUGCUUAUCAAGAACGUCUCAAAAACUGGGAGAUCCGAGAGAAGAAGAAGACUCGUGACUACAUCAAAGAUGCAGAGAGGGAGGAUGAGAGGCGGCGUGAAAUGAUGAAAGAAGCCAAAAGACUCAAAGAGUUCCUGGAAGAUUAUGACGACGACAGGGACGAUCCAAAAUACUACAGGGGCAGCGCUCUGCAGAAGCGGCUCCGGGACCGGGAAAAGGAGGUAGAAAUGGACGAGCGGGACCGGAAAAGAGAGAAGGAGGAACUGGAGGACAUCAGACAAAGACUUCUUUCUGAGGGUCACCCUGACCCAGAUGCUGAGCUGCAGAGGAUCGAGGAGGAAGCAGAGCGGAAGCAACAACUGCUACUGAACCUUGAACUCGAGGAGGAUGUAAUCAAGGAAAAAUCUCAUAGAGAAAAAGAACGGAACCGGGGACGAGAACGGAACCGGGACAGAGAACGGGACAGUGAUCGGGAUCGGGAUAGGGAUCGGGAUCGAGAACGUAAUAGGAAAGUUUUAGAGAGGCCCGUAGAACCGAAGUCCCGGGUACCCCAGCAGCAUUCUGAUGAUGAUGUGAACGAUAGGCAGGAGGACAACUAUCACAACCAGGAGGACUCACAGGAGACCAAGCCUCAACCAAAGCCCGUCAUGCGUCCAAUCACUACUGCUCCCUCAGUGUCUUCUGCCAGCGGGAACGUGACUCCAAACACGCCUGGUGGUGAAUCUCCCUGCGGCAUAAUCAUUCCAGGAGAGAACACGCCUGACCUCCAGCCGUUAGACGAGCACCGGCCCAAAAUCGGUCUUAGUCUCAAACUGGGUGCAACCAACAGUCCCAAUCAGCUCAGCGCCGGGAAGAGAAAGAAGUUGGCAGCAGUCGAUAGUGUUUUCAACAAGUUUGACGACGAGGAAGCGGAUGAGCAGCCUCGAAAAAGAAAACUGGUUCCACUGGACUACGGUGAUGACGACAAGAGUCUUGGGCUUGAUGGAGCUGAGAUCUCUGCCCCCAAAAGCAGCAUCAACACGGAGGAGAAACACAAACACAUAAAGAGCCUCAUCGAGAAGAUCCCCACAUCCAGGCCCGAGCUCUUCUCUUACCCUUUGGACUGGGCUAUGGUCGACUCGACUCUGAUGGAUCGCCGUAUUAAACCGUGGAUCAAUAAGAAGAUUAUUGAGUACAUCGGAGAGGAGGAACUCACUCUGGUUGAUUUUGUCUGUUCUAAGAUAAUGGCACACAGCAGUCCUCAGGGUAUUCUUGACGAUGUUGCUAUGGUUCUUGAUGAAGAAGCGGAGGUGUUCAUCGUAAAAAUGUGGAGGUUACUGAUUUACGAAACGGAAGCCAAGAAGAUCGGACUGGUGAAAUAAAGAUGAGAAACUCUGAGUGAUCUGCCAGCUGGAGUUUUGUGCUCCUUCAGACUGUAAACACCCCUCCAUUCCAGGACAGCUGCCCUGUGUGUGUAUGUGCGUUUGUGUGAAAAGGUCCGAGUUGUUGCAUUGUUGAGUGUAUAUUUCCCUUCUGUUGACAUCGUUAAAGAAGGAUGAGCAUGGACGUUCUGCUUUGAUUUACUGCUGUUUUGUGGAGGCACUGCUCUGAUACGAGGACUAAUAAACAUGCUUUUUUUAAAAAUAAGCCUGUUAAAUGUUU